CACAUCUUCUAUUCAGACGCAUAUGAGAAAUAUUACUUAUCUCUUCAGGAUGGUGAAGGAGAGCAACAACACGAACUCCGUUCUCCAGUCAGAGGUGUCACACAGAUGCAGUCUGCUCUGUCUCGGUCCUCUGAACUUCCACCGUCAGGCUGUGGGAGAAAAGAUCUGCCUGAGUCAUGGAGGUCGACUCGCAGAGAAGACUGAGGCCACGUUCAAGAAUGGGCUGGUGUUCAGCAGCCGUCCAGUGAGAGUCCAGGAGAGGAUUCGUCUGAGAGUGCAGAGGGAUUCAUUCAUCUGGGAUGGAGCUCUGCGUGUGGGCUUUACCAACGUGCCACCCUCAGCCAGAUCUCUACCUUUGCCCUGCAUGGCCAUUCCUAACCUCACUGACAAGCCUGGACACUGGGCUGUUCCACUGGAUGAAUCUGUUUGUGAAGCAGGUUCAGAGCUGGAGUUUUGGGUUUCUCGUGGUGGCAGCAUAUACGUAGCUGUCAACAACAGGCCGUGUAAGAAGCUAACAGGAGUGAACCUCAGCCAGCCGCUGUGGGCCAUGAUAGACAUCUACGGGCAGACGUGCUCCAUUUUGCUCCUAGGUUCAGAGAAACGUGAGCUGUUUUGCACUAGAAGAUCGUGUCCUCCACCUGAAUCUCUCACUUCACUUGCUGGUUCAGUUUCUGAUGUUUCAGACUUCACUGAUGAUGACUGCAUCUCCUGUCUUGACACAGAAGUCCCAACAGAUAUAACCUGUGCGGUGUGCAUGGUGAAAGAGGCCAGAAUCACACUGCCGUGUGGCCACCGGUGUUUAUGUAGACACUGCAACUCCAGAGUUUUUCAGGAGUUUGGCACCUGCCCGCUGUGUCGACACAAGAUCAGAGCUCCAUCGGCAGAGGAGCUGGUCUGAGCUCCGAGACAGAAGCCAGAAAUCACCAAAGAGAAGUUACAGAGUGACUGUAACAGUGAAAAUACUGCACUAAAUGCAAAAUCUGCUGCUAUUUCUAUAUUAUUUAUAAUGAUAACUUUGUCUGUACAGCGUACUUUUCUACCUCGAUGUAAAUCUUAAAGCAGUGUUGUAUUUUUGUCUAAAAAUUGUAAUGUGUUGAUGGUAAAAAAGAUAAACUCUGUUAUGUUUUAAGAGUUAAAAAUAACCUCAAAAACAAUAUUUUUCAAUGAAGCGUGUUUUGGAAAAGAAGCAUCUGUCUACAGCUCAUAUCUCUACAGUCAGGAAUGAGCGGACGUGAAAAUAAAUGUUGGUUUUCA